AUGGACGCGAAGAAAGAUGGGGGGGAUGGAGGGAAAGCCGAGGGGUCCGCUGGCUCGGCCAGAAAGAGAGGCGGGGGGGCGAAGAAGGCGAUGCAGGCCAACAAGUCUGCGAUGCGAGCCCCCCGAGCGCUCUGCUGCCUCACGCUCAGCAACCCCAUCCGCAUGGCCGCCCUCGCCCUGGUGGAGUGGAAGCCCUUUGAUAUUUUUAUUCUCCUCGCCAUCUUUGCCAACUGUGUGGCCAUGGGAGUGACCAAACCGUACCCCGACGACGACUCCAACGUCACCAACCACCAACUGGAACAAGUAGAGUACGUGUUCCUCGUCAUCUUCACCAUCGAGACCUUCACUAAGAUCCUGGCCUACGGUCUGGUGAUGCACCCGAGCGCCUACAUCCGCAGCGGCUGGAACUUACUGGAUUUCGUCAUCGUUAUUGUCGGGUUGUUCAGCGUGGCAGCGGAGGGCAUGACGGACCAUAAGCCCGGAGAGGCUCACCACGCGGCGGGGAAGCCUGGAGGUCUGGAUGUGAAAGCUCUGAGAGCCUUCAGGGUGCUGCGACCGCUACGACUGGUGUCCGGGGUGCCAAGUCUACAGAUCGUGUUGAACUCCAUCAUGAAGGCCAUGGUUCCUCUGCUGCACAUCGGCAUGCUGGUGAUGUUCGUCAUCAUCAUCUACGCCAUCAUCGGCCUGGAGCUCUUCAUCGGGCGGAUGCACAAGACCUGCUUCUCCUUGGGCUCAGGCCUCGUAGUGGAGGACGAUCCUUCGCCGUGUGCGUUCGCCGGCAGCGGACGCUUCUGUGACGGUAACGGUACGGAGUGCAGAGGGAGGUGGGAGGGGCCUAACGGAGGAAUCACCAACUUCGACAACAUCUUCUUCGCCAUGCUGACGGUGUUCCAGUGCAUCACUAUGGAGGGAUGGACAGACGUUCUCUACUGGAUGAACGAUGCCAUCGGGAUGGAAAUCCCCUGGAUCUACUUUGUCUCUCUGGUCAUCUUCGGAUCUUUCUUCAUCAUCAACCUCGUUUUGGGUGUGUUGAGCGGAGAGUUCUCCAAGGAGAGAGAGAAGGCGGUGGCUCGGGGCGACCUGCAGCAAGCUCAGGAGAGCAAACAGAUGGAGGAGGACAUGAUCGGAUACAUGGACUGGCUGAUCGAGGCCGAGGACGUGGACGAGGAGGGGAACAAACGUGCUGCGAUCGCGAAGAAGAAGAUGAUGAAGAAGUUCGGCUGGUACAAGCACAGUGAGGACGGAGGAGAGUCAGACUCAGACGAUGACAUCGCGUACCUCGACGACGACAACGGCUUCUGUGCGUCUCUCAUGGCGAAGAUGAUGGCCAAUAGCUUCUGUGACCAGUUGUGCCAGCUGAACCACACGAUGAGGAAGAACUGCCGAGUCGCGGUGAAGACGAGCAACUUCUACUGGCUGGUGCUGCUGCUCGUCUUCCUCAACACGGUGGCCAGCGCCUCUGAGCACUACGGGCAGCCCAAGUGGCUCACAGAGAUGCAGGAGCGGGCAAACAAGGUCCUGCUGCUCCUCUUCACUCUGGAGAUGCUGUUGAAGAUGUACGCCUUCGGCCUGCAGAUCUACUUCAUCGCGCUCUUCAACCGCUUCGACUGCAUCGUGGUGUUUGGGGGGAUCCUGGAGACGCUGCUGGUGGAGAUGGAGUUCAUCCCCCCCAUCGGCAUCUCCGUGCUGCGCUGCAUCCGCCUGCUGCGCGUCUUCAAGAUGACCCGGCACUGGGCGGCUCUGUCUGACCUGGUGAACUCUCUGCUGAACUCCAUGAAAGCCAUCUUGUCUCUGCUGCUGCUGCUCUUCCUCUUCCUCAUCAUCUUCGCUCUGCUCGGCAUGCAGCUGUUCGGAGGAAAGUUCAACUUCGACGAGACGCAGAUGAAGAGGAGCACCUUCGACUCGUUCCCUCAGGCUCUGCUCACCUGCUUCCAGAUCCUGACCGGAGAGGACUGGAACGCUGUGAUGUACGACGGCAUCAUGGCGUACGGAGGACCCAUCUUCCCCAACAUGGUGGUCUGCAUUUACUUCGUCAUCCUCUUCGUCUGCGGUAACUACAUCCUGCUGAACGUCUUCUUGGCUAUCGCUGUGGACAACUUGGCAACAGGAGGUGGCGGGAAAGCAGUAGUGGAGGAGAAAAAGGACGACGAGGAAGAGUGGGAUGAUGAUGAAGAGAAAGAGGAAGAAGACACAGGGGCUGAAGAGGACGACUGGCAGGAGAACGAGGAGCUGAGGGCGAUCGAGGGUCUGGAGGGAGUUGCUCCGAUAAAGCCUGAGUUCUCGGGGCCAAAAGAGAAGAUCGUCCCGAUCCCGGACGGAAGCUCCUUCUUCAUUAUGGGAAAGAAAAACUGUUUACGUGUCGCCUGCCACAACCUCAUCCAUCAUCCGUACUUCACCAACUUAAUCCUCGUCUUCAUCAUCCUCAGCAGCAUCUCUCUGGCUGCUGAGGAUCCCAUCAAGUCUCACUCAUUCAGGAACAUCGUGCUCGGCUACGCUGAUUAUGUUUUCACUUCAGUCUUCACCGUGGAGAUUGUACUCAAGAUGACGGUGUAUGGCAUGUUUCUGCACUCCGGCUCUUUCUGCAGGAACGCCUUCAACCUCCUGGACCUGCUGGUGGUCGGAGUGUCGCUCGCCUCCUUCUUCCUACAUUCGAGUGCGAUCUCAGUGGUAAAGAUCCUCAGAGUUCUCCGAGUGCUCCGACCUCUCCGAGCCAUCAACAGAGCCAAAGGACUGAAGAACGUGGUGCAGUGUGUGUUCGUGGCGAUCAAAACCAUCGGAAACAUUUUAGUCGUCACGACGCUGCUGCAGUUCAUGUUCGCGUGUAUCGGAGUCCAGCUCUUCAAGGGCAGAUUCUACAGCUGCACAGAUGAAGCCAAACACAAUCCUGUUGAGUGCAGAGGGACGUUCGUGGUGUAUAAAGACGGAGACAUGAACCACCCGAUGGUGAAGGAGAGGAUUUGGGAGAACAGUGACUUCAACUUUGACAACGUGCUGAUGGGGAUGCUGGCUCUGUUCACCGUGUCCACGUUUGAAGGCUGGCCACAGCUCCUUUACCGAGCCGUGGAUGCCAACGCCAUCAACCGAGGUCCGAUCUACAACUACCGCGUGGAGAUCUCCAUCUUCUUCAUCAUCUACAUCAUCAUCAUCGCCUUCUUCAUGAUGAACAUCUUCGUGGGUUUCGUCAUCAUCACCUUCAGAGAGCAAGGAGAGGUCGAGUUCAAGAACUGUGAGCUCAACAAAAACCAGCGUCAGUGUGUGUACUACGCUCUGAAAGCUCAACCCAUAAAGAUUUAUAUUCCUAAAAUUGCGUCGCAGCUCAAAUUCUGGAGGAUUGUCAACUCCAGCCAGUUUGAGUACAUCAUGUUUGCUCUGAUUCUGGGGAACACGCUCACUCUGGCCGUGCAGCACUACGAGCAGUCGAAGCUCUUCACCUCCGUCAUGGACAUCCUGAACAUGAUCUUCACCGUCAUCUUCACCUUCGAGAUGAUCAUCAAGCUGCUGGCUCUGCGUGUUCAUCAUUACUUCAUCGACCCCUGGAACUCAUUCGAUGCUCUGAUUGUCGUCGGCAGCGUGUUGGAUAUCGCCGUCUCCGAGCUCAGCGGAGGAGGAGGCCACGGGGAGGUGAGAGGGAAAGGAGAAAGUGGGAAAGUGUCCAUCACGUUCUUCCGGUUGUUCCGAGUGUUGAGGUUGGUGAAACUGCUGAGUAAAGGAGAGGGAAUCCGGACGCUCCUCUGGACUUUCGUCAAGUCGCUGCAGGCUUUGCCGUACGUCGGUCUGCUCAUCGCCAUGAUCUUUUUCAUCUACGCUGUGAUCGGCAUGCAGUCAUUUGGGAAAGUGGCCAUCGAUGAGGAAACACACAUCAACAGAAACUGUAACUUCCAGACGUUCUUCAUGGCUUGUCUGGUGCUCUUCAGGUGUGCCACAGGUGAGCAGUGGCAGGAGAUCAUGCUGGCGGCGUUGCCCGGGCGACGCUGUGACCCCGACUCGGACACGGAGCCGGGGGAGGAGUUCAGCUGCGGCAGCAACCUGUCCUACAUCUACUUCAUCAGCUUCUUCAUGCUCUGCGCAUACCUGAUCAUCAACUUGUUCAUCGCCGUCAUCAUGGAUAACUUUGAGUAUCUGACCAGGGAUUGGACGGUGCUCGGCACUCACCACCUGGACGAGUUCAAGAGGGUCUGGUCCGACUACGACCCCGAGGCCACCGGUCGUAUAAAGCACAACGAUGUCGUCACAUUGCUGCGAAGGAUUCAGCCUCCUCUUGGUUUUGGAAAACUGUGUCCUCAUCGUGUGUGCUGCAGAAGACUGGUGACCAUGAACGUCCCGCUGCACUCUGACGGGACGGUCACCUUCAGCGCCACGCUGUUCGCUCUCGUCAGAACUUCACUGAAGAUCAAGACUGAAGGCCCCAUCGACCAGCAGAACGAGGAGCUGAAGCUGAUCAUUAAAAAGCUGUGGAAACGCACCAAACCAAAGCUCAUCGAUGAAGUUAUUCCCCCACCUAGAGGUGACGAGGUGACAUGUGGGAAGUUUUACGCCAGCUUCCUGAUUCAGGACUAUUUCAAAAAGUUCCGUAAGAGAAAGGAGAGGGAGAGGAAAACCAAGAGGAAGGACAGGGCGGCUUCUCUGCAGAUGGGGCUGCGCUCGCUCCAGGAUUUGGCUCCAGAGAUUCGCAUGGCGAUGUCGUGCGACCUGGAGGAGGAGGAGGGGGUGGAGGGCGAGAUGGGGCACAACGAGAUCUUCCACAGCGAGCACGGGGACUCGGGGGCCUCCACGCCCCGCGACACGCCGCUGCCGCCCAUCCACAUGCUGGUGGAGCAGGUGACGGUACUCAUGGAGAGCGAGCCCAGCGAGGCGGUGGUGACGGAGCAGGUGACGGGGCUGCUGGAGCACCACAAGCCGGGGUCCGAGCUGGCAGGACUGGAGGUGGUGACGGAGCAGCCGCCCUGGUCCGAGCCCCUCCCCGUCAGGGUGGUCACCAUCACUGAGUAUCCUCCUCCUGCUCUUCUCGGCUCUCCUCCUCCUCCUCUGGAUUAUCCUCCUCCUGCAGAGAUUCCUCCGGUGGAGAUUCCUCCUGCAGAGAUUCCUCCGGUGGAGAUUCCUCCUGCAGAGAUUCCUCCGGUGGAGAUUCCUCCUGCAGAGAUUCUUCCGGUGGCUGUAGUUGAGGAGCCGGUGGUGGUGGAGGCUCCGGCUGAAGUACCUGAGCAGGUUCCCGUCAGUGAAGGAGAGCCAGCAGCUCCAGCACCAGUAGAAGGCUACGUGUAUCCAGAACCGGUCCCUCCAGCAGAACCUGAGCCCGUCUACAAUGAUCCGAGCCUGCAGAGAGUGGACAGCGUCGGGGAGACACCGUACAGCGUUCCUGAUGCUAACGGCUACGCUAACACUGACCCUAACAACUAUGCUAACACUGACCCUAACAACUACGCUAACACUGACCCUAACAACCCUAACCCUAACACUGACCCUAACAACUACGUUAGCACUGAUCCUAACAACUACGCUAACACUGACCCUAACAACUACGCUAACACUGACCCUAACAACUACGCUAACACUGACCCUAACAACUACGCUAACACUGAUCCUAACAACUACGUUAGCACUGAUCCUAACAACUACGCUAGCACUGAUCCUAACAACUACGUUAGCACUGAUCCUAACAACUACGCUAACACUGACACUAACAACUACGCUAAUACUGCUGCUAACGGUUACUCUAACCCUGCUGCUAAUGGUUACGCUCACCCUGCUGCUAGUGGUUACGCUAACCCUGCUGCUAACGGUUACGCAAACCCUGCUGGUAAUGGUUACGCUCACCCUGCUGCUAGUGGUUACGCUAACCCUGCUGCUAACGGUUACGCAAACCCUGCUGGUAAUGGUUACGCUCACCCUGCUGCUAGUGGUUACGCUAACCCUGCUGCUAUCGGUUACGCAAACCCUGCUGGUAAUGGUUACGCUAAUGGCUAUGCUAACAGUGGUAACGGUUAUAUUAGCGCCAACAUGAACGGAGAGGCUGUCACAGUGAGCCCCACUUCCUACUCUUCUAACGGGUACAACGGGAAUGGAUACAUCAGUAAUAAUGGUAGCAUCGUUAGCGCUAACGGUUCAGGAAGCACGAUGAACAGCGCUGGAAACGGCAGCAUGAUCAGCGGGUUCACCGGAAACGGAUUCCACGGAAAGGAGAACGCAUCCUCGUUUAUCAGGAGACGCAUUCUGCCUGCUCUACCAAAAGGCCGUAAACCUUCCUUUAACGUGCAGUGUCUGCAGCCGCAGAGCAGCAUGGACGACGUCCCCAUCCCGGGGUACCAUGGCAACAUAGGCCCCCCCAGAGCCCAAAUACAGAGCGUUCACAGUUUGGAGCGGACCGGCGCAAUGUCCUCGGCCUCCUGGGUGAACACGGCGACCGCGGGGCCCCCCCCCCACCCGGGGAUGAUCGCCCCCUCUGGACGCCGAGGGAAGCUCAUCUACACCCCGAUGCUCCGGAUGGACCAGGCCUCCGGACGCAGCCAGCCGAUGUGGAGCGACGGCAGCGCCAGCCUCCCCGCCGCCUCCCGGGCCGCCGCAGGCUGGUACCCCAGUCAGACCCGGACCCUCGGCAGCGUCAGGAUGCCCCCCGUCAGCCACAGGUACCUGGAGAAAGGGAGCGCAGACAGCCUGGUGGAGUCGAUCCUGAUCUCCGAGGGUCUCGGCGUCUACGCCCGGGACCCGAAGUUCGUGAACUUUGCGAAGCGUGAGAUCGCGGAGGCGUGUCACCUGAGUCUGGACGACAUGGAGAGCGCGGCGUCCGACCUCAUCGCCCGCGGAGCCAGCCAGUCCAUCUCUCGCUUCGAGGACGAGCUGGCCGACGAGAUGAACUGCGUGAUCUCUUACUGA